GAACAAAACAUACUCUCCUUAUAUACUCAACUACUUUCUUCCACUUCCUUCUUCAUCCUUUAAAUAUAACCCUUUCUCCUCUUCCUUUCUUUCUUCAUCAUCCAACUUAUAUAUUCUACCACUACAAAACACAACAAAAAUAGACACUAUAUUCUUCUUCUACCCAGUUGUGUCAAAAUGAGAGCUGGAAUUUGCACUAUACAACUUCAAGCUCUUAGUAUCGAGGCGGAAGCGACGGUGAAGCAAGCGAUCGGCCUUGCACGACGACGAGGCCACGCUCAUGUCACCCCGCUCCAUGUUGCUAGUGCUAUGCUCGCUUCCUCCUCCGGCCUCCUUCGUAGAGCUUGUCUUCAUUGUCAUUCUCAUCCUCUACAAUGCAAAGCUCUUGAGCUUUGCUUCAACGUCGCCCUAAACCGUCUCCCUACGUCGACACCAAGCCCGCUUUUCGGUCCUCAAUAUCCAAAUCCUUGUCUUUCAAAUGCGUUGGUUGCUGCAUUCAAACGGGCUCAGGCGCACCAACGUCGUGGCUCUAUUGAAAACCAACAACAACAACAACAUCAACAGCAGCAACAACCCAUUUUGGCUUUGAAGAUUGAGUUGGAGCAACUCAUAAUCUCUAUCUUGGAUGACCCAAGUGUUAGUAGAGUUAUGAGAGAAGCUGGUUUCUCUAGCACUCAAGUCAAAAAUAGAGUUGAGAAAGCUGUUUCCUUGGAGGAUUACACCAAUGAAAGACACUACUUUUGUGAGAAAAAGUGGAACUUGCUACCAACAAACACUUCAAUCCACAAGUUUCACUUUCAAGAACCAAACCUAGAAAUCACCCACAAAACACAUCCAAAUCUUUCAAUAAACCCCUCUCAAUCCAUACCCUUUACCCAAAUUACAAAAAUACCCACCACAAAGCAGCACUUUGAAAACAACAAUGAAGAAGAAGUAACAAAUGUACUGGAAGAGCUAUCGAACAGAAUGAGCAACAAAAUGAGAAGAGUUAGCAACACAGUAAUAGUCGGAGAGAGUUUAGGGACAGUUGAAACAAUAGUAAGAGGAGUAAUGGAAAGAUUUGAGAAAGGGGAAGUACCAAAGGAAUUAAAGCAUGUUGAAUUCUUAAGCCUUAACCCUCUGUUUUCAUUAAGGAAUGUAGUUUCAAAAGAAGAGAUUGAACAGAAGAUUUUGGAGUUGAGAUGCAUUGUGAAAAGUUGUAUGGGGAAAAGGGUAAUUUUCUAUUUGGGUGAUCUUAAAUGGGUUUCAGAAUUUUGGUCAAAUUAUUGUUAUGGAGAAGAAGAAAGAAGGUUUUAUAGUUAUGUUGAAGAGUUAAUAAUGGAGAUUAAGAGAUUGGUGAACAAUAAUAAUUCUGAAAAUUAUGGGAAAUUUUGGGUUUUGGGUAUUGCAACUUUUCAAAUGUAUAUGAAGUGUAAAGUUGGUCAUCCUUCUCUGGAUUCACUUUGGUCACUUCAUCCACUUACUGUUCCUGUUGGGAGUUUGAGCUUAAGUCUCAACUUUGAAAGCAAAGAAGGUAAUUUUCCAACAACGUCUGCCAUGGCUUUCCCUUUAUGUCUAGAACAGUACAAGGAGGAUGCUAGAAAAAGUGGUGCAAUUACCAAUCAACAGGAUGGUGAAUUUGAGCCUAAGUUACUAAAUUCAAGUUUGAAACAAGGAGUGAUGUUUAUCGAGAAAUCUCCAAGUCAUUACAAUUUUCUUGGUCUCAAACAGUCUCCAAAAGAGUACCAAUUCUGGGGUUCUUCCUCGUCGUCGGACGAGCAUCCCGAACGACGAGAAAACAUCAUGGUUUCAAAACCAGAUCUACUCUCGAACCCAAAUUCAAGUCCGAACUCAGCUUCAUCAAGUGAAGUAGUAAUGGAAGAAGAAGAAGAUGAAGAAGGAGAUUAUUUGAAAGAUUUAAAACUUAUAUCAGAUUCACUUUCAAAAACCAUCCCAAAUUGUCCGAAACACAAAGCAGAUGAAAUCUCAAGCACAAUCCUGAAGAAGAAGAAGAAGAACAACAACAACAAGCAUUUUCAAGAAGAAAGUUGUUGUUGCCUUUCAUUCAUAGGACAUGAUGAUGAUGAAGCCAAGGAAAAAACAGCAAGAGAAAUAGCCAAAAUCAUAUUUGGGUCACAAUCAAAGAUGAUUUGCAUUGGAUUAAGCAAGUUCAAAGAGGGAACUGAUGAAGAAAAAUCAAUGAAGAAAAGAGGAAGAAAUGAAAUGGGUUGGAAUUAUUUAGAGAGAUUUGCUGAGGCAGUGAAUGAGAAUCCUCAUCGAGUGUUCUUCAUCGAAGAUAUUGAACAAAUUGAUUAUUGUUCAUUAAAAGGUUUGAAAGAAGCAAUUGAAAAAGGAAGAGUUAAGCUUUCAGAUGGGGAAUUUUGUUCACUAAAAGAUGCAAUUAUCAUCAUCAAUUCCCAAAAGCAGAUUGUUGUUAAACAAGAACAACAAGAUCAAGAAGAUCAAGAUCAAAAAACAACUUUUGUUUCUUUGGAUUUGAACAUUGCCAUUCAAGAUUCAAAUGGAGAGAAGAUUUUGAGAUCAAUUAUGGAAGAAUGUGUUCAUGGGAAAAUUUUAUUUUCAUAGUUUUCUUUUUUAAAUUUUGGGUGACAUUUUUUUUUUCUGGAGGUGAAAAAAGAAGAAGAAGGAUUUCUUGUUUAAUUGAAUGAUAAGCAUUUGGUAGUGGCCGUUUUCUUUUUUUUCUUUUUUUAGUUUUAGGAUAUCAAUGUAAAUAUGUAAAAUAUUGAAUAUUGCAUAUCUCUCUUUUUUUUUU